AUGGUGAAGAGGCUUGCUGCGGAAAAGGAAGCUCUACAGGCCGCUUUUGAGGAGCAGGAACAGACACACACCUGCCACAUUCGCAAUAUCCAAUUGUUAGAGGCCAAUCUGGAGAACGCUGUCAGGCAAGCGCGCGCCUACAAGUCUGAUAAGUCCGAGUUAAAAUGCAGGUUGCAGCAUCUAUCGCAGGAGGAUAGGAUCCACACGGAGCAGGCUCAACGGACGUGUGACGCACUGAGCAGCGAGAUCCGGCAAGCGCGCAGCAGUGCCGAGAAACUCGCCGCAGCCCUGAAGGACUGCUUGCUAGAGAGGCGCAGCAUUCUGUCUUUCUUAACCGAAGUCUUCAGCACGCCGCCGGACACUUCGACGCUAGUAAAGCCUAGUGCGCUGCAGAAUGCCAAACAUGGGGGACGCGAAAUCGCGGGUCUAAUGGGAAAUCUUGAGAUUGAGAUCCAUGACGCAGCGAUGCAUCUUCAUCACAUGCUGCAGCGCAUCCGAGAAGAGUCGAAGCACAACGACGCCGUCUUCGAUGCGAGCCUGCAGGGCUGCACUGUCGACGAGCUUUUGCAUCGCCUCUUGCAAGAGCGGCGUGGCUCGGGCACCACCUGCCUGCUGGAAGACAGCUGUCACUGUCCUACAUUGCCAGUGACGUGCCGCAUUGAUUGGCGGCUAGAGAAAGAUCGGUACCUAAGGCUGAAGCACGUCAUCAACCGCAAGGUCGGUCAGCUGCUAAAACUGCAGAAGGCCGCCAAGUCAGGCAUAUCGACGCCUUUUUAUAGAUGCUCUCUCCACCAUCGGUCGCUAUGCGAAUGA